AUGCUUUGUCCACUGCAGGAGUAACCACUGUCCUUACCAUGACCACCCUGAGUAUCAGCGCGAGAAACUCUCUGCCCAAGGUGGCCUAUGCCACAGCCAUGGACUGGUUCAUCGCCGUCUGCUACGCAUUUGUCUUCUCGGCUCUCAUUGAGUUUGCCACUGUUAACUACUUCACCAAGAGGGGUUACGCCUGGGAUGGGAAAAGUGUGGUGCCAGAAAAGCAAAAGAAGAAGAAGGAGUCAUUGCUGAAAAAGAACAACACCUACACGGCCGCGACGGCGACGACGUUUGCUCCGAACAUUGCCAGAGACCCUGGUUUGGCAACUAUUGCUAAAAGUGCCCCCCCUCUGCCAACCGAGCCCAAGGAAGAGCCAAAACCCAAACCCCCCGAGGCCAAGAAGACCUUCAACAGCGUGAGCAAGAUCGACAGGAUCGCCAGAAUAGCCUUCCCGCUGCUCUUCGGAACCUUUAACUUGGUGUACUGGGCCACUUACUUGAAUAAAAAACCCAAAUUACAGGGCGCCCAGCAGCCACACUAAUUCCAUCUCCUCGGUUUUUCUCUCUUUUCUUUCUUAUGUUUCUAAACAAUAACAAAAGAAGUGAAGCGAAACGAUUUGUUUCAAUGAUAGUCCAGCUCCCACUUUCAAGUUUGUGUCGACAUAUGUAACAUACUGUAUCUUCCUAUAAUAACGAGAGCGACUGCAUUAUGUACAAACCACUGCACUGGAAGGGAACUCAUACUAUAUAUAUAUACAAACAGACACAGUAUAUCAGACCUGAGAGAAUGCUAUUCUGCAAAUGCACAUAGAAUUAUAGUUUAAAACUCCCUUCCUUAGAGAAUAGUUAACCCCCCCAAAAAAACAAAAAAUAAGUCUUUGAUUAAAUACUCUCCCUCGUGUUGUUCCAAUCCUGUAUGCUCUUGUUGAACACAAAAGGAGACACUUUGCUUUACUUUAGUUUUAGCGACCAUGUCUGUCAACAACAACACGCAGCGUAAAAGUAAAAGAAGUCCUUGCAAAUCACGCACUUUAUUCCAAGUCUUCUGAUGAGCUCCUGCCACAUAGAAAUAUAGAUGUCGUAUGCAGUUUUUAUGGCGCUUUCAUUGCCUUUUUUUUGUUUGUUUGUUUGUUUUUGGACAUAUGUGCUGAUUGUGUUAAUGUAUGUGUGAACAUUCUGAAGAAUCUUCUACUUUUGUGUUUCAGAAGAAAAAACAGCAGACAGGUUUAAAACAACAUGAGGGUGAAAUAAAAUUUAAAAAACGGGGUGCACUGUUCUUUUAAGAUUCUUUUAACAUAAAAUAUGUUUUUGCAUUACAUUAGCAAUUUUUGCAUGGGUGCAGCAGAUUACCCAGUUUACAGCUUGAUUUAACCAGUCAUGUGCUCCUCUGUUUUCUCUCUUUAGCCUGUGUUCUGGAUCUUCUGUUAUUUAACCUUAGGAUUACAUUAACAGCAAUAAAACAUGUCUCAGUGGGGAAAAAAACAAUCAUUUACUCAUGGAUAUAAAACGUGUAGAGAAAAGAUUAAUGUGUAUAUCAUAAAGCGUACUAUUUAUUUUGUUUUCAUGUAAAUAUUAUAAAGAUGUCAAUAUUAAUUUUGAGCUUUGCUAAAUGUAACUACAAGGUACAAACUCAGUGCUUGACAGAGAGAGAGCGAGUGCAUUGUGUUUCGAUUUGCGCAGAUCAUUGAGGAAAUUCGGGUAUAUGAAUAUUUAUUUUAUUUUAUUUAUGUCUAGAUUUUCUAGAUCCACUAGACACUAGUUUUGAUUUACCUUUUGAUGAUUAUGCGUGUGCUGAUAUAAGUGAAAUCUAGUAAACAGUUUUUAAAGAGGGACUAAAGUUGGUGCAUAGAAAGAAUGUAAACGUCUGUCUUGGUGUCGGAAUGCAAUUUUAUAUUUAGCAUUAAAAUACUCUUUAUUUAAUUUAGUAGAUGCUUUUUGGCGAGCGCACAUGGGAUAUAAAAAUGAUGGCACUAGGGUUAUCACUUCUGUGCUGCGACUCGCUAGCAUUAAAGUGAACAAGUCGGAGCGAAUCAAGAGUAGUGCCUUGUAUAUAUUUGCAAGUUUAGACUGUACUUUCUUAGAAGGUGCUCUCCUUGUUUUUUUUAUUAGAUGGGCAACCUUUCAAAAACAUCACUGAAGAAAGUAUCAGCCACACUGCCUUUUGUUUCACAGCCCAUAGAACGUAUAUUCCAUUACAGACAUGUUUGUCACUGCUCGUUAAUGAAAACUAAAAGAAGACAUGUCUAGCGAUUAGCAAUGUAUGUGAAUACACUGUUCUACAUAUAAAUAUGUCUUGUAGUGCUAUUACAAUGCCAAUUUUUUUUAUGUUUGUGGCAUGUCAGUUGCUCCUCUUGAAAAGAAAUCAAACUUACAAAGAGUAUCCUCUCUAUUUUUGGACUGAGAGUAAAAAAAAAUAAGUUCUCUUAAAUGAGGAACUUUGACAUUAUCAUACUUUACUUUGAUGUAGCAGUAUAGGUUAGCAAGGGCUUUUUUGUGACGGAAGUGAUAAAAGGCACACCAUUCUGAUCAAUUCGAGUUGCUCUUCUUGGUAUGUUUAUGAAUGCCUGGAAUAAGAAGCUCUUAUAAGUUGGCAGUACUCUUCUGUUUUUGUCGAUUUGUUACUUUG